GUGGAUAGACGGGGCCAUGGAUGUGUCGUGGCUCUUGAGUAUCAUUGUUUGGUGGGCUGUAUCUGGAUUUACAGAGAGGGGUCGAGCUCUUGAUAUUCCGGGGUUGGGAGACAUCUGGGGUAGGGAUGUUGGGCUCAUGGAUGCUUCUGGGCUCAUGGAUGCUUCUGAGCCUUGGAGAUAUAUGGUUGUGGGGAGCAUGGCCGUGGCCUUACCUGGAUCGUCUCCGAGCUGAUGGGAUUUGGGGCUCGUGGACCUAUCGAGGCCCAUGGGUUUCAUCCGAGCCUGUGGGUUUCAUCCGAGCCAGUGGGCUUCAUCCGAGCCAGUGGGCUUCAUCCGAGCCAGUGGGCUUCAUCCGAGCCUGUGGGUUGUACGCGAGUCACGGAGAUCUGUGCUUUCUGGGUGGGAGGUUUCUGGGGGUGGAGAUUCUGGCCCGUUCGUUUUUCUCAGCCUUGGAGAUACCCGUGUUGUCGGUCAUGGCCAUGGUUUGUCGGGUCGAUGGGUGCUCUCGGAGUUCAUGGAGAUACCUGGUUUCCGUUCGUUGGAGUCAAUGGACUUCUCUGGGCUCAUGGGCAUUGACCAUCAUCCCCUCCGUUCAUGGAUACUGGCCCAUACAGCCCAUACAUCUCGCCCAUCGUCAUGGAUACUGGCCCAUACAGGCCCCGUGAGACUUCUGGCCCAUGCAUCUCGCCUAGCGAUACU